AUGUAUGGUCUUUUGUUACAAUCAGCUAUUGAAAUAAUACGGGCAAAAUAUGGACAAGAAGUAUGGGAACACAUUAAAGGUACACUUCGUCUUGAUCUUAAUUCAGUUUCGGCAUUUCAACAAUAUGGUGAAACAUUAUUUGUACGAAUUACCAAACUUUUAAGUGAACUUCGAAAUGAACCGGUUAGUGAUCUUAUGAAUGUAUUUGGUACUGAAUUUGUUUCUUAUAUUUCAAAUUAUGGUUAUGAUCGUGUAUUAAGAAUUCUUGGACAUAAUAUGCGAGAUUUUCUUAAUGGUUUGGAUAAUUUACAUGAAUAUAUGCGUUAUACAUAUCCACGAAUGAGACCACCAUCAUUUUAUGUUGAAAAAGAAAAUGCUCAUGGUUUAACACUCCAUUAUCGUAGUCGACGACGAGGAUUUGUUCAUUAUGUUAUUGGACAAAUAACUGAAGUUGGUCGUCGAUUUUAUGAUACAAAUGUUCAAAUUGAUAUUGUUAGUGAACGAGAAGAAUUUGAUAUAACACAUGUUGUAUUUGAACUUAAAUUUGAAAAUACAGCAUAUGUUCAUCAAGCAACUAAAGAUAAAGAUUCAAAUGAACUUGAUUUAGCAAUAGAUUGUUUUAUUUUUUUUGAAUUAUUUCCAUUUCAUAUGGUUAUAUCAGAAUCAUUAGAAAUUAUAUCAGCUGGAGAUUCUUUAACACAAUUAUUUCCAAAUAUUGUUGGUGAACUUAUUCGUGACAUAUUUACUCUUGUUCGACCUAUUAUAACAUUAAAUUGGUCACAAAUUGUAUUACAUUCAAAUAAUGUUUUUGAAUUUUCAACUAUUGAACCAUUACGUAAACAAUCAAAUGAAAGUGAUUUAGAAAUACAUGAUGCAAGACAUCAAAAUGAUUCUGAAAUACUUUUAACUAUGACAGGACAUCGAGAUAUACAUGAAGAAUAUUUACGUCUACGAGGUCAGAUGUUAUAUGUACAGGAAUGGAAAGCAAUUAUUUAUUUAGCUACACCAGUUCUUGAAAAUCUCGAUGCUAUGUUUAAUACUGGUCUAUUUAUAAAUGAUCUAUCAAUGCAUGAUUCAAGUCGAGAUUUAGUAUUAGCUGGUACACAACAAAGUGCUGAACUUAAAUUAGCACUUGAUCAAGAAAAACAAAAAAGUAAAGCAUUGGAAGAUAGUAUGAGAAAAUUGGAUGUUGAAAUGAAAAAAACUGAUUUACUCUUAUAUCAAAUGAUACCAAAGAAAAUUGCUGAUCGAUUACGAAGUGGAGAAAAAGCAGCUAAUCUUUGCGAGACAUUUGAAAGUUGUACAAUUUUAUUCAGUGAUGUUGUUGGUUUUACAACAAUAUGUGCAUCACUUACACCAAUGGAAGUUGUUUCUAUACUUAAUGAAAUGUAUACAAAAUUUGAUAAAUGUUUAGAAAUACAUAAUUGUUAUAAAGUUGAAACAAUUGGUGAUGCUUAUAUGUUAGCUAGUGGUGUACCUGAACGUGCAAGAAAUCAUGCAGCAGAAAUUGUUGAUAUGGCAUUUGAUAUGCUUGAUUCAAUUGUUACUGUAACAAAUCCAACUAAUAAUGAAAAACUUAAAAUUCGUAUUGGUUGUCAUAGUGGUCCAGUAGUUGCUGGUAUAGCUGGUAUUAAAAUGCCACGUUAUUGUCUUUUUGGUGAUACAGUAACAACAGCAAAUAAAUUAGAACAAACUAGUAAAGCAUUACACAUUCAUGUUAGUGAUUCAACAUAUCAAUUAUUAGAACGUAAAAUAUAUGAAGCUCAAGAACGUCCAAAAAUGACAAUAAAUGGUGCAAUAACAAUAACAACAUAUUUUGUAUUAAAUAAAAAAGAUCGUUCAGGCAAAGUUGUAUCACGUCCAUUUCAAGCUGUAUUAGCUGAUAUGAAACGACAAGAUGCUGAAGAUGCUAAAUUAAAACAAUCAAGUACUCUUAAAGGUAUAACAGCAAAAAGUUCUAAUCAACCAAUACCAAAAGAAAAUGGUUUUAUACAAAUACCACAAACACAAAUUAUUACAAAUACUAUGCCAACAGAAACAAAUGUAGAACAAACACCAGUUAUUACAAAAAAAAAUGAAGAUCCUACAGCACAACUUAUGCAACAAACUUUAGCAAAACCUACAUUUGAUGAUGAUCAAUCACUUAAAACAGCUGAAACUCUUAGUGAACACAAUAAUUCAUCAAAAUUUUUUAAUAGACCACAACGUAGUCGAGCAUGUGAACUUCUUUAA